GAGGGGGCAGCUGGGUGCCCAAGACAGGGAGCCAGGUACCACACAGGUGUGGGGCCUGUGCACUGAAGGACCUGGCCUGGCCAGGGUCCCAGGAGGAAACGCACCUGGCAGCCAAGCCCUGGCUUUCUCUGCGGUCCCGUGCUCGUGCUCCGGCCCGAGAUGAGUUCUGCCUCCAGCGAACCUGGCGCUGGGGACGCCGCGGAGCAGUCCCGGCUGGGGCUGGACGCUGUGAUCCAGAAGCUGGAGGACACCAUCCUGAGCCCCUCAGCCAGCAGAGAAAACCGGGCACUCACCAUGCGUGGGGAAGGCCGGCAGGCCUCGCCCACCCCCGUACCUGCCCGCAUCCGUGAGAUCGUGGCCAGCAGCCUGGGCGAGGAGCCACCCCAAGGGGUGCAGGAGCCGCCGGCCCCCCUGGCCCACGUGCAGGAGGAGAACGAGCUCCUGCAGGAGGAGCUGUCCCGACUGGAGGACCUGCUGGCCCAGGCGGGCGCUGAGCGGGACGAGCUGGCCAGCAGGCACCACGCGGUGAGCGAGCGGCUGCAGGCCCGGCUGCAGACCACGGAGGCUCGGCUGCGGAGGUCGGAGCUGGAGCACAGCGUAGACCUGGAGGAGGCCCUCGGCCGUCUGGAAGCCGCCGAGCAGAGGAGCACCGGCCUCUCCCAGGUGAACGCCCUUCUGCGGGAACAGCUAGAGCACUUGAAGAAGGCCAAUGACACGCUGGCCGAGGAGCUGGCCAGGACGACAGGCAGCGUGCUCCACCUGCGGGGUGAGCUGGAGCUGAGGGAGGCGCAGCGACGGACCGAGAGACAGACCCAGCGUACACGCUCAGGGGAGCCCCGGGACUUCCUCCUCAUGUGGAGACAGGUCACAGCGCUCCGUGCACACCUGGCUGAGCUGCGUGCAGCCACUGAGAGGGGUCUCGCUGACAUGCGAGCGGACACAGCCAGGACGGCCCGUCGCCUGCACAGGGCCUGUCUGAACCUGGACUCCCACCUGCGGCUGUCAGCCAGCCGUGCGGCCGACGCCCUGGAGCAACGGGCCCUGCAGGGCACACGGCUGGAGCAGCAGCUUCGGGACAAGGUGCGGGAGAUGCUGCAGCUGCAGGGCCGCUGGGACACGGAGAAGGUGGCGCUCCAGGCCAGACUCUCAGAGCAGAUGCUGCUGGUGGAGAAACUCACAGAACAAAACUCAAAGAAGGAGAGAACCAUCUCUUCCCUCAAAAUGGACGUUCAGAAACUGGAGUCCCGGCGUGGCGGAGGCCGGCUGGCAGCGGACGACCUGAGGGACCAAGUGGAGUCGCUGCAGCACGUUUUGGACAGCAUCACUGAGGUGGCCCAGGCGGACUCGGGGUGCCUGGAGCUGGUGUGGAGCAGCAGCAUGGAAGGCGAGAAAACGCAGGACCGACUGAGGAGCCCCCCACGCACUGCGUCCCCCUACCGGGGCGUGUCGCCACCACGGACGCGCUCCCUGGCUGCCUCGGACCCUGCACUGAGGGCUGUGCAGGCAGCCAUUCAGAGGUGGAGGCUGAAGGAGCAGGUGGGCAGCCACAGCCCGUGGGGGCAGCAGAGGCAAAGCUGUCUCCUGGUCCCCACCAGGGGCAACGCCGUGAAACCCACCAGGCUGAAAGGUGCCGUUACAGGGCCUGCCUGUGUCUCGCCAAGGUGGGCUGACCGCAGGGUCUCCACGGGGCCUGCCCUGAGCCCCACAGCCCUAGGGAGGGGGCUCUGGUCUAAGUGCAUCCUUUCUGGGAGAGUCUGUGGUCAGAGGCCUGCGCAGGCUGGAGAGGGCUCACGCCACAUCCUCACGCCCGGGCAGGAGCUGCGCCUGCAGCUGGAGUCCUCCCAGGCGGUGGUGGCCGGGCUCCGGGAGCAGCUGUCGGAGAGCCAGCAGGAGCUGCGGGCCUCGCGGAGGCUUUUGCAGGAGCGGGCACAGGAGCAGGCGCGGGAGUAUGAGGACCUCCUGGGCAAGCUGGAGGCGCAGAGCCGGGAGGCACAGCACUGCAGGGCCACCAGCGAGCUCCUGGGAAGGGAGAAGAAGGCACUGGAGUCGGUGGUGGAGGAGCUGCGGGGGAAAGCGAACACUUGGGACGUGGAGAGGCAGAGGCUGGAGACCAAGAACGCUGAGCUGCAGAGAAGCCUCCUGCUGUGGGCGGGGCAGAAGGAAGAGCUGGUGCAGCGGGGCCAGCGGGGCCGGAGGGAGCUGGAGACCAGUCAAGGGCGCCUGGAGCAGCUGGAGGAGAAGGUCUCCUGGCUCAAGAAGGAGCUGUUGUCGGCCCGGGAGGCACUGAACACCGCGCAGCUGCAGAGGGACGUUCUGGAGAGCGAGAGGGAGGGUCUGCGUGGUGCCCUGGCCCGGGCCGAGUCGGGCAGCGCUGACCUGGAACUGCUAGUGACUCGGCUGAAGUCCGAGGGGGUGGAGCAAAGGGACUCUCUGGCCAAGAUGGCCGCCCUGAUGGAGGGGCUGGCUCAGGACAAAGGCACCCUGAACCACCUGGUCCUGCAGCUGGAGCAGGAGCGGGACCAGCUACGGGAGCAGCAGAAGGCUCUGGAGCAGGAGCGGGCAGGCGCCCAGGAGCAACUGGCACAGGCGGAGCAGCAGCUGGAGCUCGUGCGGGCCGAGCGGCGGGGCCUGCAGCAGGCCUGCGGGCGCCUGGAGGAGCAGCUGGAGCAGCUGGAGGGGCGGGCGGCCCAGCUCAGACGCGAGAGGGCCCAGCUGCAGGAGGAGCUGGGCCAGGUCACAUGCAAGAAACAGGCCCUGGAGGAGCAGCUGGCCCAGAGCCUGCAAGACCGGGAGGCCCAGAUGGCCACUCUGCAGAGGACCCUGAAGGAGAAGGAGGCCCUGUCUGAGGAGCGGACUCAGCUGCUGGCCCAGCAGGAGGCCCUGGAGAGGCAGGGCCGGCUCACGGCUGAGGAGGCAGCUGACCUCAGGGCUGAGCGGGACUCCCUGGAGAGCAGCCUCUUGGAGGCCCAACAGCUGGCGAUGCAGCUGCAGGCACAGCAGGAGCAGCUGGAGGGAGAGGCCCAGAGUGCACGGCUGGCUCGGCAGGCCCUGCAAGUGGAAAUGGAGCAACUAAAAAGCACCUGGGAGGUCCAGGAGACAAAGCUGCAGUGGGACGUGGGACGGCUCCAGCGGCAAGUGGCACAGCAGGAGCGGGAUAUGCAGCUGGCCCUGGAGAGCCAGGCGCUGGCCCACCGUGAAGACCUGGCACGGCUCCAGAGGGAGAAGGAGACCCUGAGUCUGUCUCUGACAGAGGAGAAGGAGGUGGCAGCACGCCGGUUGGAACAGGAGAAGGAGCUGUUGGCGAAAAGUGCAGCCAAGAGGGAGGUUCUGAAGGAGGAAAUUCAGAGCCUGAAGCACGAGCGAGAUGAGAGCCUCCUCCAACUGGAGCAUGAGAUGCAACAGGCCCUGUCUCUGAAAGAAGCAGAGAGGAGCCUGCUGCGGGAGGAGCUCUCCAGGGCCACAUGGGAGCUGGAGCGGCUGCAGCAGGAGGCCCAGAGCCGGGAGGAGCAAGCCGAGGCCACCAUCAGUGCCACGACUGCAGAGCUGAAGGCCCUGCAGGCCCAGUUUGAGGACGCCAUCUCGGCCCAUCAAACAGAGGCUGCGGCUCUGAGCAAGAGUCUCCGGGAGAUGGCGGCAGAGCGAAGCAACGCAGGGAGAGAGGCCGAGAGGCUGCGGGCACAGCUGGAGGAGGCACAGGAGGGGCUGGCCGCGCUGCGCCAGGAGCUGCAGGGCAGCGAGGAGAGCCGCGAGGGGCUGCGCCGGGAGGCCCUGGAGGCCCGGCAGGCACUGGGCGACGAGACCCGCGAGAAGGACGUGCUGCAGCUCUCUAACGCCGAGCUGCGGGCUGCCGUCCGCAGGGCUGAGCAGGAGAAGGCCAGUUUUAAGCGUUCCAAGGACGAGAAGGAGCAGAAGGUGCUGGUCCUGGAGGAGGCCCAAGCCGCGGCUCAGAAGCAGGCGGGCGAGCUGCGGGCCAGCCUGCGGGAGGCGGAGCAGGCGCGUGGGGAGGCCCGCCGGGAGCUCCAGGAGCUCUGCAGACAGGUGAAGACGCUGGAGGCGGAGAACCGCAGGAGGAGCCAGGAGGUGAGCCGUCUGCAGGCCCGGGUCGCACAGGAUGCUCAGCGGCAGCAGCAGAGUCGGCAGGAGGCACUGGAGCUGCAGAGGCAGGUGGCCGAGGGGGAGGCCGCCCAGAAGGAGGUCCUGAGGCUGCAGCGAAAGCUGGCGGAGGUAGAGGCAGGAGGGGAGGCCCGGGAGAGGCAGCUGGAGGAGCGCCUCCACGAGAGCCGGGGCACCGAGCAGAGCCUGCGGGCUGAGCUCCGCGGCGUCACCGGGCAGCUGCAGCAGGCCGGUGGUGUGGCUGACAGCCUCCGGACUCGCCUGGAUGAAGCCUGCCGCCGGGUCCACAGCCUGGAGCAGCAGCUGGCCCACACCGAGGGCGCCAGGCAGGAUGCAGAGAGCCAGCUGGGCCGGCUGUGGUCCACGCUCCGCCGCGGCCUGGGGUUGGGGGCACGGAGCCCCUCCACCUCCCCUGAGCGGCCUGGCUCCCCCACCAAAGGCUCAGAUGGCUCUGAGGGUCACUCUGGGCGGCACAGUGCCAGCUCCCCCACCAGGUCCCGCUCGCCCCUCCCAUGGCCCUCGCCUGCACCCAGAGACCACGGCCCAGAGGUGGACGUGGCCUCUGUGCGGGACACGCUGAGAGACUUUGUGCAGAAGCUGCGGGACGCCCAGCGGGAGCGGGACAACUGGCGCCUCCAGGUGGCCAGCCUGAGCAGCCGGCUGAGUGAGGCGGAGAGCGAGCGCGCCCGAGCCCAGAGCCGCAUGCGGCAGCUGCAGAAGGCGCUGGCUGAAGCGGAGGAAGGCUGGCGCCAGGCGGAGGGCGAGACGAGCCGCGCCCGGGCCGCGCAGGCCCUGCAGGAGGAGGCGCUCCAGAGGCUGCAGACAGAGCACCUGGCGAGCAAGCGGGCAGCUGGCUGGGAGCGGCGGCGGCUCCAGGUUGGGGAAACCGAGUCCUGGACAGGGAGCAACUCGGCCUGGGUGGCAGAGCCUGCGAGGCGCAGAGCUGGGGCCAACCUCUGGCCUCCCGUCUGUCCUUCUUUCUGUGGCCACACUGGCAGGCAUAGGGUGACACUGGCCUCACCUUGGAGCUCUCUGUGGGGUCACAUUUAUGCUGCCGCAGGGCCAUUCUUUAUUCUGUGUCGCCCGGACUUGGAAGGAGGUUGCACAGUAUGAACUUGGGUAACUGUCCCCAAGCGUGGACUUUGUGUCGUGAAGGUGACCUUGGGGGCCACAGUUUUCAGGUAAGAAAUCUGGGCCCAGGGGUAGGGGCCAGGCCUGGAUGGACAGGGGUCGGCUCACAGGGAGCCCUGUGCCCCACCCCCAGGCCCAGAGGCCAAAGCUGAAGCUCCUUGAGGACCUGGGAGGCUUGGGGAGCAGUGUGCCCGGCAGGAGGAACACUGGCCCCCCCAGGAGGCCACCCCAGGUGUCGGGGAAUCAGGGGCCUGGGUCCCCUGCUGGAAAGAUGAGGCUGAUGGAGACAGCAGAGCAGGGACUGAACAGGACACAGGGGAAGGUGGGGGCUCUCAGUUCCACAAGUGCCACGAGCUGCAGGUCACCCCUCUCCAGGUGCCUUGUGAGGAGGAAAGCCCAGAUGAGCGACCGGAAGGGAUGGCCUUGCAGGCCCAUGGGAGCAGAGGGCUGGGAAAGGCCCACAGGACCCCAAGAGCAGCCGGCCAGGCAGGCCUGACCUCAGGGCAGUGUGGACGCCAAGCCUGGGCUGCGCUUGCCCCAUGCAAGCUCGGCCUGGAGCCUGGUGGCCCUCAGAGGCCAGGCAGCAGUGUUGCCGGGUCUCCAGCAGACCCUGAGCCUCUGAGGAGGGGCCUUCUGCAGAGGAGGGGGCCGAGAGCGGAGGCGGGGCUGCAGAGAAAGAGCCGAAGUGCUCAGCCUGGAAAAGGUGUGUGAGCCAAGAGGGCAUUUCUGUUUCAAAGCUGGUGUGGGGAGAGACUGGACGGGUCAGUCGCAGGCCCAGGUGCCUGGCUGGGGAUGGUGGUGGCACUCACAAGAUGCCAGGGGAUCUGGGGCUCUGAGAAACCAGGGGAGGUGGGUGGGGCUGCAUCCCAUGUCACAUGUAUGUUCACACGUGUGUGUUCUAUGUGCGUUUGGAAAUAACGUUUUCUGUUUACAGGGUACACGUUUUAAAAAACACCUAUUAAGUCCGCCCUUAUGAAUACGUCAUUCAAUAUCGCACGCCAGCCCUACCUCCUGAAUUUGUCAAAACUAAGAGUGAUGUGUGGAAUUUCCCCACUACAAAUUUUUUGGCAAUGCCUGCUUUUAUUUCUGAGGGGCUUUAGUUUCUGGCUUUCUAUGACAUGCUCUUCAGAAUUGGAAGUGUCUCAGCCGCUCUGUCCAGCUUGUCCUGGUCUGGGGCCUUGGGCCCUGUUAAAGGCUGUUGUCUUGAAUCCUCCACCACCCCCACCUCCCCUGGCCUUGGCCUCUGCACUUUUGCUUCUCAUGUUUUCAGCCAUGGUUUCAUCAGCUUGGCUUUGGUCUCCAUCCCACCGUAGAGUCUUUACCUUUUCCAGGGGAAUUUAUCCCACUUAGCAGUUUUGUGAUCAUUUAUGUGCUGUUUUUCUUUGGUCACUGAUAGGAUUCUGGCUGCUUUUCCUGCUUCCUCAUGACUUCCGUGCUGUCCUUCCUUGUGGGGUUCCUCGCUCCCCCCUGCCCUGUGGUGUCUGCAUCCUGGCGCCAUCCCUUUUCCCCCAUCCUGGUGACCUCUUAGACAUAGCGGAAGUGUUAUGACAGGCUUGGAGCGUUUCCUUCUGAUUUUCGAUGUUAAGUGGGAAGUCAAAUGUGUCACAUCAGGCUGUGCUCAGGGACCUCUGAUGCCUGGGACAGGCCCCCUUCUUGCAUCCCUUGUCCCCCCCUUACCCCAGCUGCAGGGCUUCUGCCCCUGUGCCCUGGGGACUCUAGAGAGCUCUGCUCUAGGAUCUCGGCGUCCUCCAGACCUGCCCGCCCCCAUCUUCCUCCGUGAGGAGGCUGCAGAUCCCAAGGGCUUUACACUCACAGCAGCAGCCCCCACUUGGUGUAUUAGUUUUCAGUCACUACACAGCAAAUUACCAGAGACUGACGAGCUCCCAGGAGUCCCAUGCAGCCUGGGUGGGUUCACUCCGCAGAGUCUCACAUUCUCAGGUGGGCUGGGCCACAUCCUCACCCAAAGACCUGGGAAGCAUCCCCUUGCAGCCUCAUUCAGGGCAUUGUCAGGACUCAGUUCUCUGCAGUUGUGGGACCCAGGUCCCGUUUCCUGCCUGUUGGCUGAGGACAGAGUGGCUUCUAGAGUCACCUCCCAGAUCCUGGCUUGGGCCUCUUCAUAGGCUCUCAUAACACUGCAGCAGCAGCAGGACUCUCAUGCGAGUACUGGGGACGCUCAGACCUCACGGCUGCUCCUCUGCCACCAGCCUGUGGGGCUCCUGGGAUUCAAUCAGACCCACGGCAUAACCUCCUCUCGGGUUAACUCGGAGCCAACUGCUUAGGAGGCUUAAUUAUAUCUGCAAAUCCCUCUGCCACAGAGUCUAACAUAAGCACAGGCUAACAUCAGGGGCCAGAGGUCACGGGCCGUCUCAGCACUCUGCCUGCCACACGUGGUCUCAGCAGUUUGUUGAACGUGUCAGCAGAAUUCUCCAUGCACGCAGAUGACGCGAGUGUGUCAGGCUCACAUCCCAUCUCUCUGGGAGGGACCUGCAAUUUCAGGAGAUUUCGGACCUCUGUCUCAGAUGCCUGCAAGAAACAUGGGGAGAUUGUAGGUUAUUUGAAUUGCUUCUUCCAGAGUGGAAGCCAGAAGGCCCAUUUAUCUGUGAAAUUCAAAAUGUUACCGAAACAUUGAUUUGAGUUGUUCCCUCUGUUGUUUUUGCCCGUGCAAAAUGUGAGCCCUCUCCGUGUGCAGAAUCAAAUCUAUCUGCAGUUUAUACAAGUUCUUUGCACUUAAAGAACACCUCUUCCCCUCCCACCUCUUCCCCAUUCUUUUGUCCUGAAAUGCACACACCCCGGCUGCUCUCCAGCCCCAUCCUGGCUGAUGUUGAAUUUCACCUGCUCAUCACCAGCUCCCCCAUAGUCCUGGGAGAAUUUCGGGUCUUCACCCUGCGUGGUGAUCUGCCCGUCUGCUGUGUCUAGUCCGCUCCCUGCCUCCAUGCCAGCCGGCUGUGCAGGUGCUGAUAUUUCUAUCUCAAUGGUUUGCUCUCGGGCUCCUGCCCUGGCCUCACCUUCUUGAGGAUAUGAGGUAACGUUUUCUGACACACAGUCCCAUUUCUUGUAAUACCUCUAUUCCCUUUUUAGUUUGAGACCCUGAGAUCUGACUCUUUGGAUUGCCUUUGUCUCUCAAACCACAGUUGAUUGCUACUUAGGUCGUGAGUUUUGCCUCUGCACGUCUUGAAGGAGGGGAUCUGGUCUUGUUCAAAGUUGGGAGUAGAGGGGAGCCCAUUGGGGACUUCAUGGUCCCUGUUUAGAUGUUUCGCACCCAAAUGAAAGGCAGAGAGAAAGGUUCCAAGGGGGAGCCGUGGGGAGCCGUGGGGACCGAUGAGGGAGCCAAGGGGGUGCCGUGGGAAGCCGUGGGGAAGCUGGCAUCGGAGCCAGUACUGAGCCCUCCCCAGAAGUUUUCUGUUCCAGGAAUGGGGAGGAUGAGGGCCCUGUUCUCAGGGGCACAGCUGAGGUGGAGUCCCCCGCCUCUGCCUCCCUGGCAUUGCCUACCAAGAGAUUGGGGGCCUUCCUAUCCCCCACCCGCCAUGACCCUCCUUCCUGUCCACAUCCCUGAGCCCCCUCCAGCCCUGGCCUUCGGAACAGGGUCCCUGGGGCACUGGGAGGUUUCCACUUGGGGUCUCCACAUGUGGGUGCCACAGGCUUUUCUGGACGUUGUUCAGAUCUUCUCUACAUGUGUUAAUUUUUUCGCUUGAUCAGAAUUUACUCCAUUUUUCAGUGAAGUGCAUGUGCUAAAAUCUAUCAGUGUUAUCUCAGAUCUUUCUAGGAAUUCUGGCAAUUACCAUUUCUCCUAUUUGGGGGCAAGUGGUUCCGUCUGCCCUCCAUCUUGCAGGAACCCUCAAAGUCCUGGUCUCUGAGGAAAGUUUUCCCUAUUUUUGUAACCUGUUGGCCAUUUCGGUGAGUGCCUGGGAGGAGGAUUCAGACACGCCUAAAUCUCCGGAGGUCACAGGCACUUUUGACUAACAGCAAAGCCAGGCAGAAGUUUCCAGAUGGCCAGGGUGCUCAGGACAUGUGGCCACACUGCCCGCUGCCCUCACCGUGUCCAGGUCGGGCUGCCAGGCCGCCCGCGUUGGCUAGAGCAAGGGCUGCAUUUUACACAACGUCUUUCACUCACGGACUGGUUUUUUUCCCCCGUUUCACAUAAGCCAAUGUGUUUGUCAAGAGAAAGUUAAUUAAAAACAUAUUUUUCUAAUUAAAUGGUAGGCUGUGCUAUGCAAACAGUAAGAUUCUUGUUUGAGAGCAAAUCCCUCCCCGUUUCCAGGGCUACCCUGGGGAUUCAGUAGGUCAACGAUGCAGAACCGAGCCCAUGGUGUUAGGACACGCGCGGAGCGCAGCACCCGGGGGGCCUCAGAGCCAGCGGGAGGCGCGGGCGGAGGGCCUGGCACCCGCCCAGCAUCACCCACACAUGCCCACUGGGAGAGGCUGCCCCACAUCGUCCUCGGAUCAGAGCCAGGUCACAGCUUGCAUGGCUCAGAGGGGCUCUCAGCCUCCUCCUAGCACCCAAACUUGCCACAUCCAACCCCACCAGCUCCUCGCGUCCCCCAGGGCCAGCCCUGUCGCACGCCCUCCCCUCUUUUCCUGAGAACUCUCCGCCAGGGCCCAAACUGAGCUUCAGUCCAGGUUCUAGAAGCAACGUCAGGGAGCCAUUCGGCCUCCUGGGCUGGCGGAGCAGGGCAGCUCCAGCUGCGCCCGGGUCGUCAGGGCCCACGCUGUGGUUGGAGUCGAUUCCUAAUGUUUUGUCAAGAAUGGCCACAUCUGUAUUCUUUUAGGGUGCCAUAUUUAUCAGAUUUUUUUGUGUGUUAAGAUUAUUUUAUCUUCGUAAAAUGAACUGGUGAGCUUUCCAUCCUUUCCUAUCACCUGGAAUAAUCUAAAUAGCCCAAGAGUUAAAGCUUUCUGGAAAAGUUACUUGCCCGCACACAUGCUGUGCCUCCUGUCCUCUUAAAUAAGACGUUUUAAUUUCCUCCCCACUGUCUUUCUGUAGCUGGUCUGUUCUAGUUUCCAUCUCUUCGUGGGUCCGUUUCGUCAUUUGGAAGUCAUUGCCUUAUAUUUUUAAACGCAUUGCUGGGGAUGGGCAUGUAUUUGUUCAACAUUUUAUUUACACGUGGAGUUAUACCUGUAGCUGUAUCUUAUUUAUAAAUGUAGCUGUAUCUGUUUCUGUCCUUGAUGUUGGAGAUUUUUAUUUGAUUCUCUUUAUCUAACUUGCCAAAAAUACAUCUGUUUUAUUGGUCUUUUCAAAGAAUCAACGUUUCUCUCUUCUCUCAUUUUUGUCUAGUUUCUGCAUUUCGCCUUUUGUCUCUAUUAAUAUAGCCUCUUUUUUUGUUGUAAGUUUUCUGAUUUCUUAAAUUGAACAAAUCAUGUAUUUCUGUCUGGGCUUCUCUUUCAACGGUAAGAGCAUUCGAUAUUAUCACAUUUUCUCAGUUGGGCGAAUAGUGUCGCACUGUCCCAUGGGUUUUUGAUAUGAAUUAUUUUCCUUUUUAUCAAUUUUCUAGGAGUUUCAGUUUUUGUUUUUUCUUUAAUUCAAGGGUCAUUUAAAAGAAUAAUUACACAUUUUUCCUUCUUUUUCUCACUACCGCUAGUCCUAGGCGAGAGGGUGGGGCUCUGGGGCAGUUACGAGCUUUUGAUCAGCUUCUGGAUGGAUCCAUGUUUAUGUUGCUAGUCUGUCCGCCGCUUGCUGGUUGUCUGUUGUUUCUGUCUUGGUUUGGUUUUGUCUAUUUGUUUGUGGUGUGUUUGGAGGGAAACUGAACACACUGAUUGCAAAGUUUACAGGGAAGAGUAGGGGUUUGAGAUUUUCCAAGGAAAUUUUGAGAAAGAAUGGUAAAACGGAUUAUAACGCUAGAAUGGUCAAAGCAGGAGGGGUUGGCCUAAGGGCAGACAAACAGGCAAGCAGGACAGGGCUGAGUCCAGAGGUGUCCGGCCACCACUAACUGGCACCAGACUCCGGCCUCGUGUGUGGGCCCGUGAGUCCCACCGUGUAAAGUGAGGGCCUCAGCCUUCCCAGUCUAGUUGUCCUCGGACUGGCCGGAGGCUCCCAGAGAGCAGGACCAGUGGGCCCGGAACUGCUGCCCCAGGCCUCGCCCACACGGGGGGCCCAGGGGAUGCUUGCCAGUGGACGAGUGAAUCGAUCCAUUGUGACCUAGUGGAUAAAAGGCAUCAGGCUGAGGAUGUGAACUCCAGGGGCCCAGAGGAUGGGUUUGGGGGUGGGGGAGGUUGUGGCAUGCUCUGCUCUUGACGGAGCAACAGGCGGGGUGUUAGUGCUUGAGAUAUUUUCCACCCUCCAUUCGCAAGACCUUCGUUUUACAGCAGCCCCCAUACGGGUGGGGCGUCCUCACAGCUGUCCUCCCAACCUUCUCUUGGUCCCAACAAGAACCCUGUGAGAUUGCAUCACACCUAUGUCACAGAUAGGGAAACUGAGGCCAGGGGCCUGGUCCAAGGGCACACGCUGAGCCCUGCAUCCUUGCCCCAAGCCAGGCUCUUCCCUGUUCCGCCUCGCACCGUGGAACAGCAGGAGCUAACGCUCCAGCUGGGUCAGAAGGGCUGGGGUUCGCACUUCCUGCAGCUACGUGAACCCUCAAACCGAGCCUGGGUUUGUGAUGCUUGCUCAGCCAUCCCACAUCUCCUACAGCAUCGGGGCUUAGAACCAAAGCGACACAAGAAGUGACAUAACUCAGCAGGGCACAAGGCAAUACUCAAUAAGGGCGCACCAUCCAAUUAUUACCAUUAAUUUGAAUUCCAUAAAAUGUGAGUCAUUACGAGAGGAGCGUAACGCUUCACAUAAGUGGUCUGGGGCCUCUUU